GUCCCAGUGCAACUUCAGUCCUCUCAGGGACGACACAUGUUCUCGGACUACAAAGAGCACAAGGAGAAGAGAAGGACGGCAACAAGAAGGAAGAGAAAGACUGAGAGAGAAAGACUGAGACGGACAGAGAGAAAGACUGAGACGGACAGAGAGAAAGACUGAGAGAGAAAGACUGAGACGGACAGAGAGAAAGACUGAGACGGACAGAGAGAAAGUAGCUCAAAGGCAGAGAUCUGAUUUAUUUUUUUAGUUGACAUCUCUGAUGUUUCUGCAGUUGAGUUUGUGAAUUGUUUGUCUAAGGAGUUGCAUCAGGUCUUGUGUCUUGUCUUGUGGGGAAAGUGGUGUAUGAGUGCCUGUGUUCUUCUGAAGUAGGUUUAAAGCUGUGUGUGUGUGUGUGUGUUUGUGGUUGCUGUGAGUGUUUGCGAGUGUGUUUUUGGUAGCUGUGAGUGUUUGCGAGAGUGUGUGUGUAUGGGGGGGAAUAAACAUCUGUGUGCUGUCUGACUUAGGGGCAGAGGCAGCUGUUUCUACUGUAGAAGGUAUUCUGUGUAGGUGUUAUCAGGUACUGUAUGGUGUGAGCUGGGUCUUCCUAUACUCUUGAGUUCAUUUGCUUCAAAGUGUGUGUGUGGGUGUGUUUCCUGCACGUGUUGCUGCAAUUGUGUUGCACUUAAACUCCCCAGUAUUAUGUGCAAGUGAAUGCUUUGUGCAAACAGAUUGCCCUGAGUGUGCUUCUGCAGUUUGAGUGUGUGCUGUGUAUGCUGUGUGUGUUUGUGUGUGUCCGUGUGUGUAUAUCAGCAGCAGUAGUUGUUUAUUUAUAGCUUAGGAAUGGCAUCCUUCCUCCUCUUUUUCCUCUCCUCGUGUCCUCUCGUCGCCAUGGCAGCCAUGGACGCUUGCUAUGACGAUGAAGGCCGGUCGAGUCGCUGCAUGCCCAAGUUCGAGAACGCGGCCUUCAACCGCACCAUAAUGGCGUCCAACACGUGCGGCUCGCCGCCCGAGGACUACUGCAUGCAGACAGGGUCAACACGCUUCUGUCACACCUGUGACCUGUCCGACCCCGAGCGCCACCACAAUGCCACGUUCCUGACCGACUUCCACAAUGGGGACGAACCCACCUGGUGGCAGAGCCAGUCCAUGUUCUACGGAGUGCAGCACCCCAACUCCAUAAACCUCACUCUACACCUAGGCAAGGCGUUUGAGAUCACGUACGUGCGUCUGAAGUUCUACACCAGCCGGCCGGAGAGCUUCGCCAUCUACAAGCGCUCGGAGGAAGACGGGCCCUGGCAGCCGUACCAGUUCUAUAGCGGCUCGUGCCGCAAGACGUACAGCCGUGACGCCCGCGGCUUCCUGCGGCCCGGCGACGACGAGCGCUCGGCCCUCUGCACCGACGAGUUCAGCGACAUCUCGCCGCUCACCGGGGGCAACGUGGCCUUCUCCACACUCGAGGGACGCCCUAGCGCUUACAACUUCGACCAGAGCCCAGUGCUGCAGGACUGGGUGACAGCUACGGACCUGCUGAUAUCUCUAGACAGGCUCAACACAUUUGGGGAUGAGUUCUUUAAGGAUGCAAAAGUGCUUCGCUCGUACUUCUACGCCAUCUCUGAUUUCACAGUGGGCGGCAGGUGUAAGUGUAACGGCCAUUCCAGUGAGUGUGUGGCAGGUGACACGGGCAAGCUGGAGUGUGUGUGUGAGCACAAUACCGCAGGAGUGGACUGCCAGCUGUGUGCCCCUUUUCAUCAGGACCGUCCAUGGGCACGCGCCACCAGCGACUCCGCUAACGAGUGUGUGAAGUGUAAUUGCAGCGGCCAUGCGGAUGCGUGUGUGUUUGACGCGGAGCAGUACCGCAGCACAGGCAGCGGGGGGCGCUGUGUAGGCUGCAGAGACCACACUGCUGGGCCUCACUGUGAGACGUGCCAGCAGAACUUCUACAGGCACUCACCACUGGAGCCCUGCACGAACUGCAGCUGCAACGCCAUGGGCUCUGUCAGUCUGCAGUGUGACACACUAGGUGUGUGUGUGUGUCGUGAGCAUGUGAGGGGACUGAAGUGUGAUGUAUGUGAGCCUGGGUUCCACUCCCUCAGCCCAGCUGGAUGCAGGGGUUGUCAGUGUGAUGUAAGGGGCAGUGUGGAAGUGUGCUCUGCUGACAAUGGCCGCUGCCACUGCAAGACCAAUGCUGAGGGACACAACUGUGACAGGUGUCGACCUGGCACAUAUAACCUGCAGGAAGAGGACCCUGAAGGUUGCCAGCCCUGUUUCUGCUUUGGCCACUCCCUCGUCUGUUCAUCCUCCAAUCAGCACACUCCAAUCAACAUCACCUCUAACUUCCUGGAUGAUGCUGAGGGCUGGACAGGUCGUUUCUCAGACGGUCAGGACUCCGCCCUGCUGUGGAAAGAGGGUGAGGUCUACCUGCUCCCCUACAGCGACCACGACUUAGGCUACUACUCUGCACCAGCUAAGUUUCUAGGGAACCGGUUACUAAGUUACGGCCAGACCCUUUGGAUCCGUUUCCUGUCGGAGAUUCCGGGACUCCUGCCCCAGAGCGUCACCGUAGUGAUGGAGGGUUCCGGAAUGUUGCUGUCUGCCCAACUCUCUCCCCAGACUGACCGGCUAGCCCAAGGCCACAGCACAGCAGUCUUCAGUCUCAGAUUAAAAGAGAGAGAGCUGAGACCCCUCCUGUCAGCCUUUGAGUUCCGUCGCCUCCUCUCCAACGUGACUGCACUCCUGAUCAGCAACGAAGGGGGACUCAACUACACGUCCCAGCUAGCUGAUGUGACUCUGGGUUCUGCUCAGACGGUUCUGCAGGGUUCUGGUUCGUGGUCCGGAGGUGGCUUGGCGGCGCCGGUGUCAGUGUUGUGGGUGGAGGAGUGUCAGUGCCCGCCGGGCUUUGUCGGACACCAUUGUGAGCUGUGUGCUCGUGGCUUCACCCGCGAGGUGCCCAAUGGAGGACCCUACGUACGCUGCGUACCCUGCAACUGUAACGGGCACGGAGAAUGCCACCCUGAGUCAGGAGAGUGCACCUGCACAGAUUUCACUACUGGUCCAACCUGUGAGAGAUGCCUGGAUGGUUACUACGGCAAUGCAUUGAUUGGCAGCUCCAGAGACUGCCAGCCCUGCCCCUGUCCGGACCGCACCACCUGUGCCCAGCUGCCUGACACAGGGGAUGUGGUCUGUACCAACUGCCCCCAUGGACAGAGGGGCACCAGGUGUGAGAUGUGUGAGGACGGUUUCUACGGCGACCCCCUGGGGCUACGGGGCGCAGUGCGCCCGUGUGUGAGGUGCGAGUGUAACUUUAACGUGGACCCCAACGCGUUGGGUGUGUGUGACCAUGUGACGGGGCGCUGUCUGAAAUGCCUUGGACACACAGCCGGUGACCACUGCGAACGUUGCCAGCCCGGUUACUAUGGCGAUGCGAUGGAACCGGACCGCAACCCCUCCCAGAAGUGCAAACCAUGCAACUGUAAUCCUGCGGGCACCUCUGGGUCUCCGCACGAGUGCCACCCCGUGACGGGCAUGUGCCGUUGCCUGAGCGACGUGAUUGGACGCGACUGUGGGCAGUGCGAACCCGGCUUCUUCAACCUGCAGCCAGGCCGGGGCUGCGAGAGAUGUAACUGCAAUCCCAUUGGCUCCUCAUCACCAGCCUGUCACCCAAUCACGGGCCAGUGUGUGUGUCGCGUGGGGGUGCAGGGGACAUCAUGUGACUCCUGUCGUCUGGGGUUCUUUGGUUUCUCGUCCAGAGGGUGCAGAGCCUGUAACUGUGACCCAAUGGGCUCAGUCUCCAUGCAGUGCCAUGGCAACGGAACCUGCCUGUGUCGCCAGGGUUUCGUGGGCUACAAGUGUGACAAGUGUGAGAUGAACUACUUCCACAACCGACACACGCACCAGUGCGAGGAGUGCCCCGUGUGUUACAGUCUCAUCAGAGACCAGGCUACCCAGCUGAAGGCCAAAAUGAAGGCCCUGGAGAAACUGCUGGCACACUACGACUGCCGGAACAUGCCCAGACGCCCGAUGCGCCGCUACCACAACUACCUGCACCAGCCUCACGGGCACCAGCCUCACGGGCACCAGCAGCACGUGCAUGAGCGUCACGGGCACGAGCAGCAACACGGGCACCAGCAACAACACGGGCACGAGCAGCAACGCGUGCAUGAGCAUCACGGGCACCAGCAGCAACACGGGCACCAGCAACAUCACAGGCACGAGCAGCAACACGUGCACCAGCAUCAUGUGCACGAGCAGCAACACGUGCACCAGCAUCAUGUGCAUGAGCAGCAAGAGCGAUCCCAGCUGUGGCGCAGCAACUUGGUGCAAGAGUAUCGGGAUGAGGACUACCUCCCCAACUCCAUAGAGGACUUCCUAGCCAUACAAGAGGCGCGUGAGGCCUUCAUCAAGCAGUUCUCACAGCUGGAAACAUCUACACACACCCUGGAGUUACACCUGCGCAGCGUUGCCACGGUGAUGAACUGCAGCCUGCGAGAGCAGAAGGGAGGGAUGGAGGUGGAGAAAGAGGAAGAAGAGAAGAAGAACGAGGGAAGAGUGACGGAGGAGUGUGAGCCUCUAAUUGAGACUUACGGCGCCGUCAGGGGUGUACUGACACAGCUGGAGCAGGCAACACGUGACCUGGGCAACAUGGUCAUCCCCUUCUCCAUCCCGAAAGGCCCCAACGAGUGGAACGCUGCAGUCAACGAAUCUCAAAUACUGGCAGAGAGCCACGUCAAGGCAGCCGGUCGCAUGGAAUCGAUCGCCAGCGAGGCACUGCGAGUAUCGAACCAGACCUACUCCCUACUGCUCAGGCUGCUGGAGGAGAACUCAACCGAGCACUACAUCCAAGGCCUGGCACAACGGUUGUCGGACAUGCAGCAGCUGAAGGGGAACCUGUCCUCUCAGGUGAACGAGAGUCUGGAGGCUCACCUGUCUCUCGAGGAGCAGCACGUCGAGGUGGAGGCCAUCUUGAAGAACAUCUCCUCCUCCAUGUCAGAGCUGCACACACACACACACACCCACACCCACACCCACACACACACCAACGGCUCCUCCAUCAGCCUGCCUGCGGGAGAGUCCAACCUCAACGCCAGCCAGGCCAAUGCCACAGCAGAGGAUACACUGCUAGGAAUCCAGGUGCAGAGCCUGGAGGAGCGGAGCUCAGAGCUGGCCGAGCAGGUCCAGUCUAAAGAAGACCUGGCCAUCAGGACCAGAGGGGAGCUGGACCCAAGCCUCACACACGGUCAGAACAACAUCAAGACCAUCCAAGAGUUCCAGCAGCUGACGGACCUGGCUGAGGGGUUAAAGGUGGCGUCUCUAUCGUCUGUGGUGAAGGCCAAGGAGGUUGAGUCUGAGGCCUCUGCCCUGCAGAGAAAUCUAGAAGGUAUGCAGAAGAAGUGGCCCCGCCUGCAGACGCAGACCAAGGCAUCAGUGCAGAAAGCCCGUUUAGUGGAGGACAAGCCACUGGCCGAGGCCAAGAAGAAGGUCAAGGUCGCCGAGAGACUCAUCCGAGUCGCCAUGGACAACGCUACGCAGGCCAACGCCACUGCAGUCCAGGCAGAGGACUCUGCCCACGCUGUCUCCAAGAACGCAAAAGCGACCCGGACGCAGACGAAGCAGGCCAAGAGAGCGUCUGUGCAGCUGAGAUCAUCUGUGGAGGAGGCGGGGCUUCAGCUGAGUGAACCGGAGCGCAUCGUCACACAGAUGCUCUCGCAGACGCAGACAGCGGAGCCUGAGGCUUCACUGGGGAGUGUGAUGAAGAAGAUGGAGACGGCCAAGCUUCAGCUGGAGUCAUACACACACACACUGACUCAGCUGCUCAGCAAAUUAGAAGAGGACUCGUCUCUAGAGAAGUUCGACCAUAUCCUGAACGAGACGGCCUCGCGGCUGCUGGUCCUGAGACGCAGCGUGGAGAGUCCAGCACUGUCCGGCAAGAUCCAGACCCUGAAGACCGCAGCCCAGGAGCAGAAGAACCAGAUGACCCGCUUGGACCAGAACCUCCAGGAGAUCCGGGAGGAGCGGGCCAGCCUGCAGGAUAUUGUGCUCACCCUCCCCAAAUCCUGCCCUUAAAGGAACUCUCACACUGCCCAGACAAUGCCCAACCAGAGCCUUCUAUGGCUCUGCGCCCAACAAACCCCAACGUUCUAAAGUUGCCCAGACAAUACCAAACAAACCCCAACGUUCUAAAGUUGCCCAGACAAUACCAAACAAACCCCAACGUUCUAAGGUCGUUGCUGGUUGCAGUCAGAGGGGGUUAAAGUGGAGCUAGUAAUCAAGGAUCUUAGUUGCAGUCUUUAGAUUGUUCAGAAAACCAACUGCCAUCUCCACACUGCACAGACAGUAAUUGAAAAGACAAUUCAAACAAGUCAAACAACACCAUCCAACAAACACCAGCAGACACAGACUGACAGUGCACACUGUUGGUUUUUGUUGGAGAUUGUUGGUGUUUUUUGGGGCAGUGUGCUAGCACCUUAACACAAGGCCCUCUCCAGGCCAAGGCACUGCAUUAUACCAUUCCAGAAUUAGACUUUAGCAAAUAUAACGGACAUCAUUUAGCUCCGGGCCAUUUUUAUGCACAGUUUUAUUUUUAUACCUUUUUUGCUAGGUUUUUCUUGUUUACACCCUAGACUGUAUAAAUAAGUUUACAUGCACAUAACAUAAGGCGGUAGUGUUAAAGGAGAGAUUUUUCAGUCAGAUAAACAGUUGAUUAUACCAAAGAGGUCACGUCAAUAAAACAUUAUACCU